UAUUUAAAAUCCUUCUUUAUAUGAAUAAAUAUGUACUUUUUUAUCAUUUUUGAGACUUCCAAUAAUAUAUCGUCCUAUAAUAUUCAUAUUAAUAUAUACAAUGUCUCCAAGUACCGGUUCAGCAUGGUUUUAUUUUUAAACUAAUGUUUUGGGAUUUACACCUGAAUUUUUAGGACAAUUAAAAUUAAUAUUAGCUAUAGGAUUAUGUCUAUCAUUUGUGAUAUACUAUACAUUAUUGAAGCAUGUUUAAUUUAAAAAAUAAUUCAUUAUUACAUGCCUCAUAUCUGUAUUUUUGGGAUUUCUUUCUUUAAUUCUUAUUACUCGUAAAAAUCUUGAAUAUGGAAUUCCUGAUAAGGUUUUUAGUAUUUGCGACAACUUUAUUUCUAUGAUUAUUGCUGAAUUAAACCUUUUGCCUAUUCUCGUUCUUGCUUGUAGAAUGUGCCCUAAAAAUAUAGAAGCUACUAUGUAUGCUAUGCUUACAAGUACUAUUAAUUUGGGGUCGUUUGUUUCUGGUUUAUUGGGAAGUCUUCUCAUUUAUCUUUUAGGCAUUACAGAUACCGUCUUUGAUAAUUUUUGGUUAUUAGUUGUUAUUACUAGUUCAAUUUAGGCCUUACCUUUGCUAUUGAUUAAAUUAAUUGAUUCUGAAUAAAAUAAUUAGUAUUAGUAAGAAAAGAAAAAAAAUGAUGACGAUGAAUAAUAUAGAUUAUUAGAUUGA